AUGGAGCUCUUACAUCUAGGGAACAAAGUUCCGUCCGAGGAGGCAGAGGCCCUCAGAAUAGGCAUAUACCAGAAGCUUUGCAUAGCAGGGGCCAAGAAAAGAGAAAGGUUUCCAGGAUGCCAUCCAGUGUCUCUAACACUGGACAACAUUGAUCUUUUGUUGAGCAAGGACUUCCUUGUGUGCGAGAAGUCCGACGGAAUCAGAGCUUUGCUGCUUGUUACAGAAAAGAUGGGCAUAUCCAAAGGAUACUUUUACGAUAGAAAAAACGACUUCUACGAAUUGGACAUGAACUUUCCCUUUUCCUCGACUGUCUUGAUAGAUGGAGAGAUCUUUCUGGAAGAUGGCACAGUCACCACUUACGCCAUAUUUGAUUGCUUGAUAUAUGAAGACGCUCCCCAGAUACUUAAGAACUUGUAUAAAAGGCUUGGAUACGCACAAAUGUUUGUGGAUAGAAUGAAGGGAAGUGUCGAAAAGACCAAAGCCUUAAAAAAAGAGGACGAGGAUGGGUUUGAGCCGAAGAGAAUUCCAAUUGGGGCUGAGGGCCAGGAGCCUGGAUGUAUCAGUAUACAUUUCUAUGUUAAACAGAUGAUGAAGAGCUAUGGUUUCUGGGAGGUGUACAAGAAGAUCCCGGACCUGAAGCAUGGAAAUGACGGCUUAAUAUUCACUCCUACAGAUGAGCCUUACUCGGUAGGGAAAAGAGGUGUAAUUCUCAAGUGGAAGCCUACGUUUCUGAACACAAUAGAUUUUAAGAUUACAAAGGCCAAGGAGUUUGGCCAUGUAUACGAUCUGGUGUGCAGUGGAAAGAGAGGAAAGGAUGUUGUGUUUGGCCAUUUUUUUUGUGAAGACGAGGAAGUAGAUGGAAAAAUAGGAGAGUUUCUGUACGACAACGACGGAUAUUACUGGGAUCUUGAUGAGUUUGUACUGAGGAAGGGUGGGUGGAAAUUGUAUAGGAUCAGAGAAGAUAAAGACACACCCAACAACAUAAGAGUUGUUUGCAGUAUAUUGGAAAGCCUCAAGGACAGCCUAACAAUCGAGAAACUCUGCACAUUUUACAAUGCAAUGCGGGAAAAUAGCAAAAAGAGAGAGCAGAUGAAAAAAUAG